AAAGCUUGACGCUCCCUUUUCCCUCCAAUUCCUUGUUAUCCUCCAGCUCUAAAACCUGACCCUCAUUUGUCCGAAAAAGAGACUCACCUGUUGAAUAAUUGGUUUUUUAAUUGCUUGUCUGUUUACAGUUGUGCGGCUUGCGCUCAGCUUCAACCUAUUCGCUCCUUUCCUCAACUUAACUACGUCUAAAUUUAUACUCGCGACGCAUCAAAAGUAUAGCACAUACUCUAAUAUCCAACCCCGUCAUGGGCAACGACAGCUCCAUCCUCGCCGACGGUUCCGCAAUGGUCGCGCCCGGCACAUCAUUCAACCACACGCUCUUCGAAACUGCUCUACCGCCGCUGCCCAUCUUCAGCCUCGAGGUCCAGCCUGACCUCUUGUCCUGGGUCUCCGACUUUUGGCUCAACCUCCUGCUCCCUGUCGUCGUCUACUGGGUCUUGUCUCUCACAUUCCACGCCAUCGACGUCCUCGACUUAUUCCCUCAACAUCGACUUCACACGCCCGAAGAAAUCACAAAGCGCAAUCACGUCUCCCGUUAUGAAGUCGCUCGUGAUGUUAUCGUGCAGCAAGUCAUCCAGGUUGUUACCGGCGCACUCCUUGCCUUGUCGGAACCCCCCGAAAUGGUAGGCAAGGGCGAGUAUGACGUUGCUGUUUGGGCUACCCGCAUUCGUAUUGCCCAAAGAGCUCUCCCAACUCUCCUCAGUCUCGUCGGCCUCAAUGCUACCGCCAUCUCCAAGGGUCUUCUCGAUUCCCAUCCCCUGCUGGCCGGGGCAAUCGCUGGUGGUUACUACCCUUCUCUCGUUAACGCGAACUCGGAACCUGCUUUCGCGUCGUGGGAGAUCACACUUGCCAAGAUCAUUUACAACUUCAUGAUACCCGCCAUUCAAUACUUUAUCGGCGCCGCCAUCAUCGAUACUUGGCAGUACUUCCUCCACCGAUUGAUGCACGUCAACAAGUGGCUGUAUGCUCACUUCCACUCCCGCCACCACCGUCUUUAUGUGCCUUACGCCUACGGUGCUCUCUACAACCACCCUGUUGAGGGAUUCCUCCUCGAUACUCUCGGUGCUGCCGUCGCAUUCAAGGUUACUCGCAUGACUCUUCGCCAAGGAAUCCUGUUCUUCUCCAUGUCUACAAUCAAGACUGUCGACGACCACUGUGGCUACGCUUUCCCAUGGGACCCUCUUCAGCUCGUUACCAGUAACAACGCCGAAUACCACGAUAUUCAUCAUCAACAUUACGGAAUCAAGACCAACUUUGCCCAGCCUUUCUUCACAUUCUGGGACACUCUUCUCGACACAAAGUACAAGGGCUCAAGAAGCAACAAGCCCAGUGAGAAGAAGGCCAAGCAAGAGGCCAAGGCCCGGUAAAUUUCGCCUGGAGCAUUAACAUAUGAAUUGUUUUGAUUUCAGCAUGAGGAGCACAUGAUACGCAAACCAAUGAGAAAAUAAAAACAUUACUUGGGUGCUGGGGAUCGCUGGCAUGCGAUCGGUUUGUCAACGCGUUAUUCAAUGGGGGCGCUUUUUGCUACGGGUUGGAUUGGUUGCGGGCAUGACAUCGUUUUUCAGCAUCGACAUUUAUUAUCAAGGCUCGAAGCUCAAGGUAAUAUCUUUAAUUCACGGCUUUAAUGAGGCGCCCGAUGGACCAACUCCUUGGGCCUAAUAUAUCCUUCCCACUUUCGUUAUCAUCAAACCACCACUCCUGUCGUGUCAUCGAGCCUCUCUGCGAUAAUCGAGAUAGAGCUGGUUGGGUAGCAGCAGGGAGUGACCGUCGAGGAAACGGUGCUGCUGGGUGGACGAUUGUUUUUCACCCUGUUUGUUUUGCAUCUGAAUUUGUACCAUACUGUUUGGAAUGCGAUGUACGGAUCGUUUUUAGCGGCAGGGGAGACACGCAUUUGCGAGAUUGUCAACUUGAAGCUCAUUCCUGUAGAAGCGAGAGCAGGACAUAGUCGAAACAGAAGGGAAUAUAUCAAGAGAAUGAAUUUGUUCAAGUACAUAAUACUGUGUUUCAGAUUGAACCUCGGGAUGAUUGAGAAUCAUAUUAUCAGCAGUUGUUAUUCUGAAACUGGGACGCGUCGUAGUAUGAUGGGCUUCAU